AUGUCCAAACGCUCGGCUUCAAGUCUACCCAUCACUGACAAGAUCCUCGCGUCCUUUAGACCUUCCAAGAUCCUCAGCUAUCAUGAUGGCGCCUCUGUGACGUGUCUUGACUUUGACAGCACAGGUCAGUACCUCAUUUCGUCUGGCGUGGACAAAUCCAUCCAGUUGUAUGACUGUCAUAAAGGUGUACGCUACAAGGAUGUUCAGUCACAGAAAUACGGUGCCCACUUGGCCAAAUUCACUCAUAAUGACCUCAAUUGCUUGUAUGCGUCCACUCCACAGGUAGAAGGCGACGAUGCCGACCACUCGAUCCGUUACCUCUCGCUCACAUCCAAAAGCUAUUUGAGAUACUUCAGAGGCCACAAGGACCAAGUCACGGCGCUAGAAGUCAACCCCGUGUCCGAUACUUUUCUUACUGCUUCAGCAGAUCACACUGUUAAGCAUUGGGACUUGCGGACGGCUACUUGUAUGGGUAGUCUCGGAAUGGGGCAGACUUCUGUUAUUGCAUUCGACCCUCAUGGAAUCGUGUUCGCUGUGGGAAGGGGCCCAACCGAACAGUCUGAUGGAGUACAAGGUUCUAUUUCAUUGUAUGAUGUCGCUUCUUUCGAGCGUGGAGCAUUCUUGACGGUUUCGGUGGCUGGUGUCCGCGGUGAAAAAUGGACCAAGCUCGAGUUUUCCAAUAAUGGGAAGUACUUGCUUGUUGGCACCGACUCGUCACAACAUUAUCUUCUCGACGCUAUUCUGGGCAAGCAAGUUGCAAAAUUGGUGCUCACUCAGGAAUACCACAAGGGCUGGUUACACUUUGACUACUCGUCUACUGGGUCAGUAUGCUUCACUCCUGAUGGACGAUUUGUGAUUGCUGGUUCCCCACAUGGUACACUCGCCAUAUUUGACUUGUCUAAACUCGAAGGAAAGGACACUAAGCAUUUGUAUCCAUUCAAAGUGUUAGAUGGGAAACAAGGUGUCACCAAGGUCAUUGCGUUUGAUCCCAAAUUGUACACAUUUGCCAGUGCUGACGAUAGUGUGGUAUUGUGGGCACCUACGGUAGGCGAAUACGACUAG